AUGUUGGUCAACACUGCCCCUCUUAGCAUGCAGGCCACGUUUCGCACCAUGGUUUCGUUGCCCAGUCCAAUUGCAGCCUGUUGCAGGCUUCGAUGGUGCAACCAGCUCUCCCCACCCGUGGAGCAUCGGGCCUUCACCCCCGAAGAGGACGAUACCAUAAUCAGAGCUCACACUCGGUUCGGCAACAAGUGGGCCACCAUAGCCCGACUCCUUUCCGACAAAACUGACAAUGCCAUUAAGAACCACCGGAACUCCACCCUCAAACGCAAGUGCGCCUCCAUAGGCCCCAUCGACGAUCCUCACUUCGCGCAGCCACUCAAACGCUCCGUCAGCACCAGCGCCGCCGUACCCGUGUCAACGGUGGUGGUGAGUUGUGGCGGUUUGCCACUCUCCAUUGUUGUUUUGGGAGGGUUACUGGCAAACAAGGGGAAGUCAUACAAGGAAUGGUCCAAAGUUGUGGGACAUGUCAACUGGUAUCUUACUCAAGAUGAGACCCAAGUCAAGGACAUUGUGCUCAAACUCAGCUACCACAACUUGCCUUCAAGACUAAAGCCGUGCUUUCUGUAUUUUGGGAUCUACCCUGAAGAUUUUGAGAUCUUUGUAAGGCCAUUGCUACAAAAAUGGGUUGCUGAGGGAUUUAUUCAACAAACUGGGACCAGAGAUGUAAAGGAAGUUGCAGAAGAUUACUUGUAUGAGCUCAUUGAUCGGAGCUUGGUUCAAGCAUCGCGAGUGAAUGUUAAUGGAGAUGUGAAAACAUGUCGCAUCCAUGAUCUUCUUCGUGAUCUUUGCAUAACUGAGAGCAAAGAGGACAAGCUUUUUGAGGUUUGCACAAAUAGUAACAUUUUGGAGACAUCAAAACCACGCAGGCUUUCUAUCCAAUGCGGCAUGGAUCGGUAUGUUUCUUCAAGCAACAAUGACCAUUCAUGUGUCCGCUCUUUGUUUUGCCUUGACCCAAAAUGGUAUGAUUUUACCCCCGAGGAGAUGAAAUGGCUUUUCAAAUUCUUCAAACUGGUUCGGGUAUUAGAUCUUGGGGUAAACUAUUGCAGCAAAGUCCCUUCCAACUUGGGCUUAUUUAUCCAUUUAAGGUAUCUAAGAAUAUGCACAAGAGGAAUAAGUGAUCAUGUCAUGCUAGAUUCUAUAUGCACACUAGAAAAUUUACAAACUUUGGACAUAUAUGGGCUAGAGCAUCCAAUAUAUCUCCCUAGGAGAGUAGGGAACCUGAAACAACUUAGGCAUUUAAAGAGUAAUGAAACCAUCAUCCUACGAGGCCAGCAUGGUUCAAAAGCAGGUGAUCAAGUCAUGUGGAAUCUGCAAACCAUCUCUAUGAUUGAAUUCAAUAGUCAGAUUGCACGCAGCAUAGAGAAAGGAAGGUUUCCCAAGCUACGAACGUUGAGUUUGCACAUCUCCUCGGUCCAGAAAAAUAAUGUGCAUGAGUUGUUAUCAACCCUACGGCGAUUAACUCAUCUCAACAAGUUGACACUUUCCUUUAAAUGGAAGAAUGAACCGCCACCAGUGCCUACAAACUACGAGCACAUGGAAUGGCACAUCGGGCUCAAACCAAUUGAAUUGUUAGAGAGCCUGCAGCACUUGUCAAAUCUGACCAAAUUAAAAGUUGGCGGAGCUUUGGACCUUGCAAGGUGUGAUAUUGCGUUUCCUGCAUGCAUUACUAAAUUAACGUUGACAGGCAUUACCUUCAUGAAUGAUGAUGGGGUGAAUGCCAUUGGUAAUCUUACUACACUCCGACUUUUGAGAUUGCAUGGAGCAGAUGAAUUUUAUGAUCCCUUUGAGAUUAAUUGCAGUGCAGGCAGUUUCUCACAGCUCCAGGUUUUUGACAUGGUGUGGCUGAAAGUUGACAACUGGAAAUUAGGCAAUGGUGCAAUGCCAUGCCUUCAAACUCUGCUUAUCGAUUACUGUAAAAGAUUGGACGAUCUCCCAGAUGAACUGUGGUCUUUGACUUCCCUGAGACAAGUAAAAGUCAUGAAACCCUCCGAAGCAUUGUCUGAUGCGCUAGCAAAUUUGGAAAUGAAGGAUGGAUGUGACCUCAUAAUAAGAGAGGGGUAUCUAUAA